CACAAACAAAAAUUUAUCAGAUUUUCAAUUUCCAUACUCUCUCUCUCUCUCUCUCUCUCUCUCUCUAACAUUUGAAUGAGAGAGAGAAACUCCUCCGCCUUUCUCGAUAUUCUCCCUGUUUGAUUCUUCGUAUCAAGAAGUUUGAGUUUUGCGCAGCUAGCUCUGAUUUGUUCUCUGGGAAUUUUGUUGCCGAGGUUUGAUUUCGAUCUUGUUGUGGACUGAGGUUUGAAGUUCAGCUGACGUCAUGAUCUCGGAUUCGAGUUUCAUUUAUUCGAAGCUCGGAUCGAGUGGAUCAAGCUGUGCUAGGAGGAGAGCGGAUUGAUCUUUAUUAAAUUUCUAUUGGGGUAAAUUUGGCAAAAGAAAAGAAGACGCGAAGACCGAUUCCAGAGUUUGAUUCUUUGAGCUGAAGAUGGACAUGGCCUUGGCUUGAGGUUUACUUGAUCGAGAAUUUUUUCUGUAAAAGAGAUGACGAAGCGCCAAUGGGAGGAGUCAAUAAAGACCUUAUUUGGAAGUCACAUUAAUCCUGAAAAGGAUGAAGAGCUCAAAGGAACUAAAAUAGAAGUUGAGGACAAAGUGAAGAAAAUCUUGAAGCUUAUCAAGAAUGAAGAUCUAGAUGAUCAAGAUCAUCUCCCAGUGGAAAACUCAGAAAAAGAACCACUCCUUGAGCUAAUUGAGGAUUUCCACAAUCAGUACCAGUCUCUUUAUGCGCGCUAUGAUCAUCUCAUUGGCGAGCUAAGAAAAAAAGUUCACAGCAAUCAUGGAAUGGAGACAUUUUCUUCAUCUAGCUCUGGCUCAGAUUCAGAACCAGAUGACUCUUCGAAGCAAGAAAACAGUAAAAAUGGGAAAUUAGAAAGUGAGUUUCAGACAGAAAACAUUGAGCAAGAAGUUGAAACUGUAAAUCUAGAAGUUGCUGACCUGAAGAGGAAGUUAACGGACACAAACAGUGAAAAAGAAGCUUUAAAUUUGGAACAUCUGGCAGUUCUGUGGAAGCUAGAAGCAGCAGAGACAAUUGUGGGUGAUUUGAGGGUUGAAGUUGAGAGGUUGCGUGAUGACAACUCAAAGCUUCUGAUUGAGAAUGGAGACCUAAAUUUAAAAGUGAACCAUGCCAGGGAGCUGGAAGCUGAACUGAACCAGAGAUUGGAAGAUUUAAGUAAAGAUAGAGAUAAUUUGAUCAUGGAGAAACAGACUGCCAUGAAAAGGAUUGAAGAGGGAGAGAAAAUUACGGAAGACUUAAUAAGCAAAGCAGAUAAGCUAAAAAGUGAGAAGGAAACUCUUGAGCUUGAACUGCAAUCUGUUAGAAGGGAAUUUUCUGAUAUGAAGCAGCAAAGGGAUUUUGCAGAGCAGGAGGUGGCAGAUCUAAGACGAUCUAAGAAAGCUAUGGAGGAAGAGAACAGUAGUCUUUCCUUAAAAAUAUCUGAAAUUUCCAAUGAGAUUAAGAAGGCAGAGGAUGCCGAGACUAAUUCAUUGUCUAGAAUAGAGGAGUUGACUACACAAGUCAACAAUCUGAAAGAGGAGUUAGCGAGCAAGUCUGCAGAUUACCAGGGGCUAUUGAAAGAGAUGGAGGUUCUUACCGUACGGGUGAAUGGCCUUGAACUUGAGGUAGACUCUCAACAGAACCAGAAAAGCGAAUUGGAGGAACAGAUAAGAAGUAAAAACAGUAAGAUUGAUCAGUUGAGAGAGGAAAAGGGGAGACUGCAGAAUAGAGUUUUUGAGCAGGAGAGGACAUUAAUAGAGAGAGGAGAUGAGCAUUCUGCUCUCCUAGAAAAGAUUGAGGACAUUGAGGGCGAUGCAUUAUCUAAAGAAGAAGAUUUGACUGCACAAAUUAACAAUCUGAAAGGGGAGUUAGAAAGCAAGUUUGCAGAUCACCAGGGAGUACUCAAAGAGAUGGAGGGCCUUACUCUGCAAGUGAAGAGCCUUGAACUUGAGGUAGACUCUCAACAGAACCAGAAAAGCGAAUUGGAGGAACAGAUAAGAAGUAAAAACAGUGAGAUUGAUCAGUUGAGAGAGGAAAAGGGGAGACUGCAGAAUAGAGUUUUUGAGCAGGAGAGGACAUUAAUAGAGAGAGGAGAUGAGCAUUCUUCUCUCCUAAAAAGGAUUGAGGACAUUGAGGGCGAUGCAUUAUCUAAAGAAGAAGAUUUGACUGCACAAAUUAACAAUCUGAAAGGGGAGUUAGAAAGCAAGUUUGCAGAUCACCAGGGAGUACUCAAAGAGAUGGAGGGCCUUACUCUGCAAGUGAAGAGCCUUGAACUUGAGGUAGACUCUCAACAGAACCAGAAAAGCGAAUUGGAGGAACAGAUAAGAAGUACAAACAGUGAGAUUGAUCAGUUGAGAGAGGAAAAGGGGAGACUGCAGAAUAGAGUUUUUGAGCAGGAGAGGACAUUAAUAGAGAGAGGAGAUGAGCAUUCUGCUCUCCUAGAAAAGAUUGAGGACAUUGAGGGCGAUGCAUUAUCUAAAGAAGAAGAUUUGACUGCACAAAUUAACAAUCUGAAAGGGGAGUUAGAAAGCAAGUUUGCAGAUCACCAGGGAGUACUCAAAGAGAUGGAGGGCCUUACUCUGCAAGUGAAGAGCCUUGAACUUGAGGUAGACUCUCAACAGAACCAGAAAAGCGAAUUGGAGGAACAGAUAAGAAGUACAAACAGUGAGAUUGAUCAGUUGAGAGAGGAAAAGGGGAGACUGCAGAAUAGAGUUUUUGAGCAGGAGAGGACAUUAAUAGAUAGAGGAGAUGAGCAUUCUGCUCUCCUAAAAAGGAUUGAGGACAUUGAGGGCGAUGCAUUAUCUAAAGAAGAAGAUUUGACUGCACAAAUUAACAAUCUGAAAGGGGAGUUAGUAAGCAAGUUUGCAGAUCACCAGGGAGUACUCAAAGAGAUGGAGGGCCUUACUCUGCAAGUGAAGAGCCUUGAACUGGAGGUAGUCUCUCUAUGCAACCAGAAAAGCGAAUUGGAAGAAAAGAUAAGAAGCAAAAACAGCGAGAUUGAUCAAUUGAGAGAGGAAAAGGUGGGUCUGCAGAAUAGAGUUUUUGAAUUGGACAGGACAUUGAUAGGGAGAGGGGAUGAACAUUCUGCUCUACUGAAGAAGCUUGAGGAUAUUGAGAGUGAUUCAUUGUCUAAAGUUGGAGAUUUGACUGCACAAGUUAACAAUCUGAAAGGGGAGCUGGAAAGCAAGUCUGUAGACCACCAGGGAGUAUUGAAAGAGAUGGAGGGUAUUACCAUGCAGGUGAAGGGCCUUGGACUUGAGGUAGACUCUCUACAGAACCAGAAAAGCGAAUUGGAAGAACAUAUAAGAAACAAAAACAGUAAGAUUGAUCAAUUGACGGAGGAAAAGAUGGGGCUGCAUAACAGAGUUUUUGAAUUGGAGAGGACAUUGAUAGGGAGAGGGGAUGAACAUUCUUCUCUGCAGAAGAAACUUGAGGAUAUUGAGAGUGAUUUAUUGUCUAAAAUAGAAGAUUUGACUACCCAAGUUAACAAUUUGAAAGGGGAGUUGGAAAGCAAGUCUGGUGACCACUUGGGAGUAUUGAAGGAGAUGGAGGGUCUUACCGUGCAAGUGAAGGGCCUUGAAUUGGAGGUAGAGUCAUUAAAGGGCCAGAAAAGCGAAUUGGAAGAACAGAUAAAUAGUAAAAACAGAGAGAUUGAACUGUUCAGAGAAGAAAAGGAGGGAGUGCAGGUAAGAGUUUUUGAAUUUGAGAGGACAGUAAAAGAGAGAGGGGACGAGCUCUCCACUUUGCAGAAGAGAUUAGAGGAUCAUAAUAAUGAGGCAUCCGCUCAAACUCUGGUCUUAAUGGAACAAGUAAAAAAUCUGCAAGUGGAAAUGGAUUCUUUACGAGUUCAAAAAAGUGAAUUGGAAGAGCAGUUGGUACACAAAAGCAAUGAUGCAUCAGUCCAAAUCAAGGCCUUGUUGGAUCAGGUUGCCGUGAUGCAGCAGGAAAUGGAAUCCCUACAACAACAGAUAUCAGAAUUGGAACGACAACUUGAGAAAAAGACUGGAGAAAUUUCAGAAUACUCUAUUCAUAUUGAAAAUCUAAAAGAUGAGGUAGCACUCAAAACUGCUGAUCAACAGAGAUUGCUGGAAGAAGGGGAGGGCCUAAAAGCUCAGGUAAAGGCCCUGGAACUGGAAGUGAGCUCUCUAUGUAACCAGAGAAGUGAGCUUGAGGAGCAGAUUAGAACUAAAAACCAUGAGAUUGACGAGUUAAGAGUAGAAAAAGAAGGGCUGCAGGACAGAAUUUUAGAAGUAGAGAACACAUUAACAGAGAGAGAGGACAAACUCUCUGCGCUGCAGAGGAGAGUUGAGGAUGGAGAGACGGAAGCAUCAGCUCAAAUCAUGACCCUCUUGGCAGAGGCCAACAGGAUGCGGCAGGAGUUGGAUUCCUUGCAGACUGAGAAAUGCCAAUUGGAGUUGCAGAUUGAGACACACAGAAAAGAAUCUUUGGAAAGCCUCGCCCAAAUAGAGAAUCAGAACCUCGAGUUCACAACCAGAAGUGCAGAUCACCAAAAAUUGCUUAAAGAGCAGGAGGAUUCAUUUGAUAAGAUGAGUAGGGACUAUAAGCAAGUUGAAAGUUGGUUUGAGGAGUGCAAGGUGAAUCUCCAAGUGGCAGAGAGGAAGAUGGAAGGGAUGGCAGAAGAGUUCCACGAGAACAUUGAAUCUAAAGAUCAGAAGGUUGCAGAUUUGGAGAUCAUGGUUGAAAGCUUGAAACGAGACCUUGAUGCCAAAGGAGAUGAACUCAGUAAUUUGAUAGAGAAUGUCCGCACGGUUGAAGUUAAACUCCGGUUAGCAAACCAGAAGCUCCGGGUCACAGAGCAGCUGCUCAGCGAGAAGGAAGAGAGCUACCGAAGUGCAGAGAAGAGGUUCCAGCAAGAACAUGGAGCUCUCGAAGAAAGGAUUGCCACACUAUCUAGCACAAUGGCAGCAAACAGUGAAGCUCAUUCUAGGAUGAUCACCGACAUAUCCGAGAAGCUAAGCAACACCCUGAACGGGCUGGAAUCCGUGGCGAAGAAGUUUGAGGAAGACUUCAAAAGGUUCGAGAGCUCGGUUUCUGAAAUCUCGGACGAGCUUAGAAUUACAAAGAACUGGGUGACGGCAACGGUUAAAGAGAGAGAGAGGUUGAAGGAGGACGUCGGUAAUCUAGUCGGGCAGCUGCGGAACAAGAAGGAAGAAGAAUCGGCAUUGCAGGAAAGGGUCGGGAACCUGGAAGUGAAGGCAGACAUGGAGAAGAGAGAGAAGGAGAAGCUGGCGAGGGAAGUGGUGCAGCUGGGGAAGAAGGUGGGAGAGAUGGAGAAGCUGAUGAGAGAGAAGGAAGAGGGGAUGAUGGGGCUGGGAGAGGAGAAGAGGGAAGCAAUAAGGCAGCUGUGCUUGUGGAUUGAUUAUCAUCGGAGCCGCUGUGAUUACUACAGGGAAGUGGUUUCAAAGGUGGUGGUUAGGACUCGAAGGACCACUGCCUGAGAUUUAUUAUGUGUCUGAAGUUGUUAUAUGUAUUGAUCAUGUAUGUCGUUAUUACUUAUUUGUUUAUUUUUGCAUAUUAGGUAUUUGGUUUGAUUGGUUCAUUUUUUUUUUUUCCAGUGAGGGAACCUUGUUAGAACAAGGUGGGAUGCUGUUGGGCAUCAUCAGUGUCAUCAUGUGGUAGAUAAUUUAGUGGCAACCUCAGGGUUUCCGAUUCAUCAAUUUAAAUUGUAUAUGAAAUUGCAUGUA